AUGUCACAAGGAAGGUCACUGGACAUGCAAAAGUGCCACGUGUUCCAUUCCGUCUCUUCCGGAGAAGCUGCACGUGCCCGUGGCUCGGACACGACAGCGUCAUUUGGUGCCACCCAGUGGGGUGUCACCCCGUUGCGAGGGGCAUCAGGGUGCGCUUGGAAGAAGACCGGUAGCCAAACCUUUGUCGAGGGCAGCGUCAGUUCCAGAAAAGCCCCGCGUGAUGGGGCAGAUAUCAAGAAGCGGGGAGAUCGUGGGCACUAUUCAGCUUAUGACGGCCCCCGCAAGCGUGAGCUCCCUGAAGCUGCGCCGAGCGAUAAAGUUUGGCUGCGCUGCUCGAGAAACGACUGCGACAGUGUGUCAGGGAGCGGUGAUGAAGGCAGGGGAAGCUCAGCAGGAGCCAUCCGAUCUGACGGCAGUUCACCAGUGGCAACGGCAACAGGUGGGGUAGGAUACGUUGGUUCCAUUCGUGCAGCAGCAUCAGAACAUCUAUCGCUUCUAACGAAAUGCCCUCCCUUGUGGCCAGCACUGCUGCGACUGACCAGCAAGCCUCGACAAGACGAGAAGGUCGUAUGCCGAGAGCUACAAGUGUUAACUCUACUAAGGCAGGCGGCUAGCAGCAUGACCAAAGACGUUGAAGAGCUUCCUCCACUGUGCCGCGCUCACAUUCACGUUGCCCACUUUAUGGAGGACGACGUGCUGGUAGCUCUGGCCCAACAUCCUCUCCAGGAUGAGGCACUGCAUCUGAAAUGGCGAGGCAUAGCGACGCGUCCGCUGUUAGUCCAUGCGAGCUUGGAGAUAACCAAUGAUGACGUUUGCGGAUCGGUAGCUGGCCGCGGAGCGUCUCUCAAGGUGUACGACAUUGCUCUCGCGGUCACAGGCUCAUUUGCAGCCUUGCGGUUGAAAUGCGCAGAAGGAUGGAUCACUGCAGAAUGCGUUGACAUGUCCGCCUGGCAAGGCUGUUGCCAGUGUCGCCGUCGCAACUUCUGUCACAUGUGGACCCGGGAAAUAGAGUGGGAGCGGAGGGACGAAGAAUGCUGCAAACCGUUGUGGGGGAGCAGGAUUCGUGCGUCUCGGGGACCAAGACGAGUCCCCCAUACUACAGUAGCGGCGAAAUCGUGUCAUAGAAAGCAACCACCUGGAGCAGCCGACGCCGUUGACGUGGCUCGUCGGGAAGCAUCUGGUCGCCGGAACGACGCCACACGUAAAAGCGGGCCGCGGGCCAUGUUAACAGCUGUUGGGGUAGACUUCGAGGGAAGCGUCGAAGCCGAUGAGGAAGACCGUACAGAGAAGGAGUGUGGACGACAGCUGCUGGUUGGUGCGCAAAGGAGGACACACAGAAAAGCCGUAGGCAGCUUUUUGAGGCUCAGAUCAGGAACCAGAAAAAGUUUGAGUGUCAGCAGCGAUAGUGAAACCGCACGCAACAGAAGAUCUCGAACUCUCCCCGACGGGCACGGGCACGAGAAGCCCGAAACGGUUGGCCGCGUGAGAGAUAACUGGGAUGACGGCAGUCCCCAAAAGUUUCGCCAGACAAGCGAAGACGAGGAAAGAGAAUGCAGCGAAACAGCCGCAUCGUCGCGGAGACUCGUUUCACAGCUUCUCGGAUGCGGGGCCGCAUGCUCUGUGGCCUUGGGUGUUCCAACGGGGGGGCGGUUGAGCGGAUGCCGUAUUUUCAACCGUCGCCGGCGAUCCGUAUCCACUGUCAGACGGAGAGAAUCAUCCAACCCUGUCCAGGCCAUCAGAGUCAAAGAGCGGAAGUGCAGUUCGUCGUCCAUUAGAAGUGAGACAGCCAGCGAGAGAGGAUGCGUUGCGGGAUUCGCUCGGAAAGGCCGGCGUUGUGGCCAACCUCCGACAAGACAUAGGGAUGCCGGCAGUGUGGGUGUCAGAGACAUCCGCCGACUACGCAAAACGUGUGGUCAAAAAGGUGGUCUGCAUGGUGCCUGUCGCCUUUUAACUCGGGAAGUGGUUCAGGUUUGGGCGAGAGCGGAGGAAGGCUGGUACCGUACGGACGAUGAGGCACGCGUGCAGUUUCCCAAUGGGCAGCCUGAAUGGUGGAAAGACGCCGGCAUCUGGGGUAAUUACCGACGUCACAACAGCUCAUGCUACUUGCACGACUGUGAGGGCUCCCAGGAAAUUACCCUGGGAAACUCUUCGGGCGCGUCCUCCCAGAGCAGCGAACAACAGUGUUGGUGUCAUCGCCGAUGCUCGCGACUGGUGGAACGAUGGUGUCGCGGUCCUACCAAGAGGACAUUGAACAGCUGCUCGGCGUUUGAUGCGGCGCCUUACAACAGAAGACAAAUGUGUAAGCAGGGGCGAAUCAGACGCUUUACCUGUGGAAAUGAGCCAUUGCCUAGUCUCCACGGUGACUCCAGCGGAGAACAGGAGGGGCACGAGAUCUCAACUUCUUCGACCACUACGGCUGCUUUAGGCAGAGGACUAAUGAGUGAUGACGAGGUGCGAGACCUUUCGCGUAGUCAGCAAUCCAGCAGUGGUGUUGGCAAUCGCUCGAACCACCGAUCGCCGGGGAAGAUUGGAGUCACGCUACCAGCAGGAAACGCGGGGGGCAUUACGCCGUGGUUACCAGCAGUAUCGGAUGGACUACGAGGAGAUCCAGGCGCAAGCGUAAAGGCUUCAACUCUUGGGACGCAUCGACAGGGCGAGGAGGCGCCACGUCCGUUCAGACAGAGAUGGUUGUUGUACCGUGUCUGUGGGCGCAACACCGUUCCAGUCGGGUGCGUGACUCUGUCGAACUACAGAGUCCCGAUUCUAUAG